AAUUUGGAAAAAAGUUCAAACAACAAUCAGCCAGGCUGCGGCUGGGGUGCUUGACACCCUAGCAUGGGUAAUACUCAUCACAUGCACCAUGGUCAAGAUCCUAGAAAACCUGGUCCAUUGGGGGAAAGGGGGCUACCUGGUGCUUCUGCUAUUGUACAAGGGACUGAUGGUGGAGACUGUGAAAGUAUGAUGCAAGAUUGUGUCAGUUGUGCAAAAUGUUCAGCUGAUUGUGCAGACCAGGCUGCUUUGAUGAGUCAAGAAGAUGCUGAACGUGCAAAUUGGCUUGCUGCUGAUUACAAAACUGCAGCAGUAUAGUAGCUUGUAAAACUGCCAAUGAAAUUAAACAAUCUGCUACUGCUGACAUGGAUCAAUCUGUAACAGGAGAUGUUAUAAGUUGUGCAGAAUGUUCAGCUGAUUGUGCAGAGUAGGCUGCUUUGAUGAGUCAAGAAGAUGCCAAAUGUGCAAAUCGGCUUGCUGCUGAUUACAAAACUGCAGCAGUAGUAGCUUGUAAAACUGCCAAUGAAAUUAAACUAUCUGCUACUGCUGACAUGGAUCAAUCUGUAUAACAGGAGAUGUUAUAAGUUGUGCAGAACAUUCAGCUGAUGGUGCAGACCAGGCUGCUUUGAUGAAUCAAGAAGAUGCUGCACGUGCAAAUUGGCUUGCUGCUGAUUAUAAAACUGCAGCAGUAUACAAAAGGGUCCAUACAGCAUGAAAUGUGCUGGUUGAAAUACUGUAUUGGUCUUGAAACCUAUUUAUCCCUAAAAACAGCUCUGGAGAACAACAGCUUUAUAGUGGAAGGAGACACAUGACAACUUUUUUUGGGGAAACUUUUCAUUCAAGACUUAUUCUUGUGACCAUGUCAUGGCUCUUUUGGGACCACAAAAUUGCAUACCAUUGGAAAGGGAAUUGAAGAAGCUUUCACUUGGUGUUUCUUCCAUUGUUACAGCUUGAUUUGCUGCCAAGGUUAUUAUACAAGUAAAAAAUUCGGUCACUUUUUUUUUAACCACCCUGUAUAUGGCAUAGAAUGGAAAAAAUACAGAAUUGUUCUAUCUUACUUGCGGUCAAUGAUUGGUUUGAGAGGAGAUCCCCUUUGGAAAGUUGUGCUGUCAAGUACUUGAGGGUGUACCUA